CUGCUCUCCUCAGUAUCCUCAUUGGACAGUUAUAGAAAAAUAAAACCAGACAGGAUGUGUAUUAAUGCUGGUCAAUAUCGCUCCUCUGUGCUGUAAAAACACCGGCAGCGGAGUCCUCGAAACCUUCCUGAGGAGUCAUUUAGCGGCUCGUGGACACCAUGAACUACGUGGGGCAGCUGGCGGGCCAGGUGCUGGUGACAGUAAAGGAGCUGUAUAAGGGGAUCAAUCAGGCCACUCUAUCAGGCUGCAUCGACGUGAUCGUGAUCCGACAGCCUGAUGGGACGUUCCAGUGCUCCCCUUUCCAUGUGCGCUUUGGAAAACUGGGGGUGCUGCGCUCCAGGGAGAAAGUAAUUGAUAUAGAAAUCAAUGGGGAACCUGUAGAGCUACACAUGAAGCUUGGAGACAAUGGAGAGGCUUUUUUUGUCCAGGAGACAGAGCAGCACAAUGAGAUUGUCCCAGCCCACCUGAUGACCUCGCCCAUCCCCACCGAAGAGGCUCUGGUUAGGAGCAGAGAGACCAGAUGUGGGGGAUCAGCAGAGAACAGUCAGCCUCUGAGUCCAGAAGACCCGGCCUCUGGAAACCUCCAACCCUGCUCCAACACUGCCGGCAAGAAGAGGAAGAGACGCAGGAGGAAGCACAAGGCCGAGCCACGCAAGGAGGAGCAAGCCACGCCUGCAGGCGGGGAGCAGGAACUGUGUGAGCUCAGUUCAGAUGAGGAGCACAACGCGCACAAUGGACGGGCAUCUUCACUCUCCACGAUGAAGGACAAUAUGGACCACAGGCAACAUUCCCCCCUUACCGCCCUUGAAUGGGACAGCUACCCUUUCUCUGAUGGAGACUGGUCCCCUUGCACUACCAGGGAGACGUCAGAGCCCAUGUCACCCAAGAGUGACUCUGAGCUGAUGGUGAAGCCGGCAGAGAGCAUGCUCAGGGCCGAGUCCCACAUGCAGUGGACCUGGGGAGAGUUUCCAGAAUCCACCAGGGUGAGGUUUAGGUUUAAACUUUGGUCUUACAGACAAGUCAACAAAAAGGACAAAUCAGAGCCAAAGACGUUGACCAUCACUCCCUCUGAGAACACACAUUUCAGGGUUAUCUUGAGCACAGAAGCCAUGGAGGAAGAGUCAAGAGAUGGACAGAGAACCACAGAUCCCAUUUGCAGUAUUGUAAAGCCAGAGCCUCGGACCAUCAACAUUGAUCAGUGCAGCUGCAAACCACUGCCCCCUGAAGCUUCGUCACACGAUACAAACAUUACCAAGCACAGACCAGACCUUUCAAAUUUGUUGUCCAGCUGUUUUACCUCUGAGUCAUGUACCACUAACUCUGACCUCAGCCCAAAAACCAUGCACAAAACCAGGUGGAAGUCUUCGCCACCAAGCCGCAGGGACAGCGGCUCUGCUGCCAGUGGAGGCAGUAACAUGGCUGGAGAUUCAGCAGCAGUUUGGCAUGAUACAAGAGCCUCUAAACCCACUGAUUCCCCCGUCAACAGGAGAAGUGUGAGGAAGAGGAGCCAACAUCAGGGACCUGAAGACAUUUACCUGGAUGACCUGAAUGCACUUGAACCUGAUGUUGUUGCUCGGUACUUCCCAAAAAGUGAGUCUGAGCAGGUUCCUAAAGACUGGGUCGAGACGGGGAGGCGCUCUGGAUCCCAGUCGCCCCAGUCUGUAGGCAGCACAGCAGCAGACAGCGGCACAGAGUGUCUGUCUGACUCUGCUGGUGACCUCCCUGACGUCACCCUGUCCCUGUGUGGAGGUGUUGGUGAGAACUCAGAGAUCUCUAAAGAUAAAUUCAUGGAGCACAUAAUCACCUACAAUGAAUUUGCAGAGAAUCCAGCAAUAAUCGACAAUCCCAAUUUGGUGGUUAGAAUUGCAAACAGGUAUUACAACUGGACACUGGCAGCACCAUUGAUACUUAGUAUGCAGGCUUUUCAGAAGAACUUGCCAAAGGCUACAGAGGAGGCCUGGGUGAAGGAGAAAAUGCCCAAAAAGUCUGGACGCUGGUGGUUUUGGAGAAAGAGCAGCGUAAAGCAGUUAUCAUCAGAGACCAAGUUAGAGAGACAGGAGUCUCUGAGCAGAGAGAGCCCUGCCCUUCACCAGGCCCCAGAAACACAGCAGAAAGCAGCAGAGUGGUCCAGCGACGAUGAAACUAAAGAGCUGAACACUGUGGCAUCUGCUCUGACACCUACUGAGCAUGUGCAGACAGAAGGCCCAGCCCCGGCGCCUUGUCACUCUUACAAGAAGUCCCUCCGCCUGUCGUCUGACCAUAUAGCCAGCCUGAAGCUAAGAGAGGGGCCUAAUGAUGUCACCUUCAGCAUAACCACUCAGUACCAGGGGACAUGUCGCUGCGAGGGCACCAUCUACCUGUGGAACUGGGACGACAAGGUCAUAAUCUCCGACAUCGAUGGCACCAUCACCAAAUCAGAUGUGUUUGGUCAGAUUCUACCUCAGCUCGGGAAAGACUGGACUCAUCAAGGAAUCGCUAAGCUUUACCACUCAGUGCACGAGAAUGGUUACAAGUUCCUGUACUGCUCGGCCCGAGCAAUCGGCAUGGCAGACAUGACCCGAGGAUAUCUGCACUGGGUGAACGACAGAGGGACUCUCCUGCCUCAAGGACCCCUCAUGCUCUCCCCCAGCAGCCUCUUCUCUGCCUUCCACAGAGAGAUCAUAGAAAAAAAGCCUGAGAAGUUCAAGAUCGAAUGCCUCACAGACAUCAGGAACCUGUUUUUCCCAAACACACAUCCCUUCUAUGCAGCCUUCGGAAACAGACCAAGUGACGUGUUUGCCUACAAGCAAGUGGGUGUGCCUGUGUGCCGGAUAUUCACAGUGAAUCCCAAAGGGGAGUUAAUCCUUGAGCAAGCCAAAGGCAAUAAAACAUCAUACAGCCGGCUGAGUGAGCUAGUGGAGCAUGUCUUUCCUUUACGAAGUUCACAACACAACGCCACCUUCAGCUGCCCAGAGUUCAGCUCCUUCUGUUACUGGCGACAGCCAAUCGCUGAGGUGUGUUUUGAGGAGCUGCUUUAACUUAAACUGAUAUUAAUGUUUUCUAUUUGACUCUUUGACUGUAUGCACUGGCUUAAUACUGUUGAUAAGUCCUUGUAAUUGGCAAUUUUGUAGGCCACUGGAAUAGUUUGAUAUUGUCUUAGACAUUCCACUUUAGUGAAAAAGCUUGGGAUAUUAAUGUAUUCCAUAUCCUCUCAUUUAGCGCUUAUUCCCUUCAUGCACUUGCAGAGUAUUCUUUGUGCUUGAGCUACACAUUUAAGAAGUGUAUUUGAAGGCUCUGUCAGUUUUUGGUAUGUACGAAAACCAAAAGUGUGACAUCAGUUCUUGUUCUUACCAUUUGCACAGUUUCUUUGUUGUUUUUUUGUGACAAUGCUUAUGCCUGAGCACUUAUUUAGGCAGUGGAGGUACAGUAACUGUAGCGCUUUCUCUCCCUGACUUGAGAGCUAUCAUCAUAAAAAAUACAAGGUAAUAUUUAUAGCAGCUAUAUUUUAAUCCCUUUUAAGGCCUUAUUCACUGUACAGCUGUCUUAUUUAUUGUGUAGAAAUCUCACAUCUUUACUCCAACGCUUUUGCAAUAGAUUUUGCACUAUUAUGCUAGGAAGAAAAAAAUGUGAAAUGAUCUGGCUCAUAGUUAAUUGCUUCACUGCAAUUUCUGAACUGUCAAUACUGCUGCUAUUUGGCAUUAAGUAUUUUUCCAAAAUCAAGAUUUAGUUAGUUAAAACUAUUUUUGAUGAAUUUUGAAACAAAUCUUUGCUGAUGUUUUAGCCAGACUUGUUUGAUUUUGCCAUUGUGAAAACUACGUAUGGGAUAAUGUACAGCGAGCUGGUCAUUAUUGCGAAAGCCUCGCUGUACAUUAUCCCACUAAUUACACGGAUACUUACUAAAGAAAUCAAUAAUUUGACACCAAUGAUUUUGAUUUUGAUUUUGAAGUUUUUUUGCCACAGGACUUCUUUCUGCGGAUUGAUAUGAUUGAGAGUCUAUGAUCAGAGCUGCGUCCAUAGCAACGCUCUGUUAUUCAGAAAUAACAGACUGUAGAAUGCCGUAGUUGACCAAUCAGAAUCGAGUAUUAAACAAAGCCGUGUAAUAAAGUAUAUUAAUGUUAUGCCUCUUGUUUUUAUUCUUUUCACACUCAGUAACAGCUGUCAUUAAAAUUGAAUGCAUUCUUUCUAUGAAAGUGAUAAACUUUGUGUGAAGAGAACACAGUAUUAAGCUCUGAAAACAUGAAUUAUUUAAAGUCGUUUUUAUAGUGUGUCAGAACUGUAGAUCUACUGUACAUAAACUCUGUAUACACAGUAUACUACAUGUAUUAAUAAAGUGUGAAAUCAAA